GUAUGUUAUGCCCACCACCACCGCCCACCAAAUCGUCCGCCGUCUUCUCAUGUCAGACGCUGCGGAAGCUUCCCGCGUUGCCUGUGCUGGAGAGCUGCGGUCCGGGGAGGCGCGGGUGCGGAGAUCGGAGCGGAAAUGCGUUUCGCGCGGGUAGGAAAGGGAGUCGCGGGUUCGAAUUGCAGAGGGGACCAGUAUUGAGCUCGCACACGGCGACUCGGCACGGGCCAGCACCUCAGCUUCCAGACCGCCCGCGCACGCGCGGGCCAAACUCUAGAUUUCAACCCGCUGCACCAACCAGCAGAUACUCACCUCCUCAGCAACAUGCUCAACUUCAUCAAUCCCGCAGACCUCCACGGUCCCAUCGUGUUCGGUACCGACUGUGGCGAGUGCCACGAUGGCGGCCACGACAGCGCACACUGCGUCAAGACCAACGUCAACAAGAUGCUCAACGGACAGCCCUUCGUGGAUCCACCCUUCGGCCACCAGGGGCAGGUCGCACCGCCCGACAAGCUGCACAGGUCAGGAGAUGGUGUCUUCAGCUCAAGAAAAGUGUGGCAUGGGUGUGUAUGUGUGUGUGUGUCGGGUCUGUGUGUGUGUGUGUGUGUGUGUGUCGAUGCAGCCAGACGUUCGUCCAGUCCAUCCACGCCGACGAGGGUUUCAAGAUGACCGAGGACUCCGAGGAGAAGCGGUCGAAGAUCUUGUCCAAGCUCGCUUGAGCUCGCAAAAAGUGACGCGGAAAAAAUCACGUGAGUCAGGGGGUAGAUGUGACUGACCAGGGGCCGGCGAGUGUCCAUCAAUCACUUCCUGCGUUCGUGGCUUCAGAUCAGAGCCUGUCUGAGGUUGGAGGGGACACUCAACGUGCUGGCUGGUGGAACCACCCUGAUACUCUUGGUGAGGUCAGCCCAACGCCACGCAGAGAAAGGACCAGCCACCACAUAUACUGUUGUUCGCGUUCGGUCGCUCUGUUCCGUUUGUGCACCUCCCUCCUAGGCGCAGCCAUGCAGGAAGACGUGGGCAGCCACUGCUCGUUCGCCUACUGCAAACAGCUCGACUUCCUGCCCUUCCUCUGCAACGGAUGCGGACGGCUCUUCUGCAGGAUUCACAGAAGGUAAGCAGACACAAACCCCUUUCAAACCGUCGUCGCCAUAUAUUUGAUGUGUCCGUCUGGUCGAUGUGUUCAGGCCGGAUGACCACAAGUGCAGCGCUGCCUCGACAGCCAUCGCGGAGGAGACCGUCAUCUGCCGCAGAUGCCGGCGGUGCAUUCGAGUCCCGGCCACCAUGACCCCUGACGAGGCACUGGAGCAACACCAGGCAAAAGACUGCCCGGGCGAGAGAGUCGCCAGCGUGUGUGCGGUCAGCGGCUGCUCGGCCCCUGUGAAGGUCUUUACGACCUGCCCCAGCUGCAACAGAGUGGUGUGCAUCAAGCACAGGUUUCCUGAUGACCACGACUGCCCGGCUGCCACGAAGGUCAAGCCGACUGGUGGUGCUGCACCACAGAGGAAACAGGGUGCUCCAAAGGCAGCGGCAUCGGCACCGUCUGCCAGCAGCGGUCAGCCCAAGAAACAAGUCAGCGACAAGCACCGGGCUCUGGCGAACAAGGUUGAGCGGAUGAAGGUCAAGCAGAAGGCGACCGGCGACGCGGCCAUACCGUCGCAUCACAGGAUCGCGGUCAGGGUCCUCACCUCCCCCUCUGUGUCUGUGCCGGCCGCCACCGGCAAGGGUCCCUUCUUCGUGUGGCUGGACGGCAGCAAGACCAUCGGGUAUAACCUCGAUUAUAUCUGCUUGCGGCUGAAGGUGAGGAACCCCAACGCUGAUGGGGGCGGCCACCAGCGGCUGGUGGUGCUGCAUGGGGAUGCGGCUGACAAAGGGGAGGAGCUGCUGGAGAGGUAUGUCGGCGGGGACGAGUCGGCUGUGUGUGUGCUGUCGGGUUUGUGCAGUGAGGGGGUUGAGAGCGGGGAUGUCAUUGUGCUGCAUUUGGUGACGACAUGAUUGAUGUACGUUGAGUGAGUGAAGGGAAUGGGGUGAUUGGAUGAGUGAGUGUAUUGAGUGGCUUAUGGACAGGAC